UUGAUCCAUGGUCUUUCGACCUCGGAGGUCCAGGCUUUGUCCGAGGCUUGUAUUGAAGCAAAGGAGAGAGCUUAUUGCCCUUACUCCAAAUUCCGCGUCGGCGCCUCCCUCCUCCUGACCUCUGGCCAAAUCAUCCGCGGCGCAAAUGUCGAAAAUGCAGCUUAUCCCGUCGGCACCUGCGCCGAACGAACAGCUCUAGGCACUGCGGUCGUCGAAGGCGCCAGAAGGGGAGAUAUCCGCGCAUUGGCCGUCGCCACUGAUAUCUCGCCGCCGGCUUCUCCGUGUGGAAUGUGUAGGCAGUAUAUCAGGGAGUUUUGCGAGCCUUCGAUGCCGGUUUUGAUGUAUGACAAGGAUGGCAAGUCUACGGUUCUUACGUUGGAGCAAUUGUUGCCCAUGAGCUUUGGACCGGAGAGUUUGCCU